AUGAAAAACUGUCCAUCGGAGUGCGCUGGAGACGACCUAAUAUCCGGAGACAAUAGAGUUGCGUCCCCUGAGACUGAGAGUACUAAUGCUAUUAUUAUCGGCCCUGUUAUUGCUGGUGUCUUCAUCCUUGUUGUCGUUGUCGUCCUCCUUUGCCUUUUUGUCAAGCGAAGAAGAUACCGGAAGCAACAGGCUGCCCAAGGAAUCCCUGUAUCAGAAGAAGUCAACGCUGUCCAGACGCAAGGCGGGUCACGAGCGGUGACGUAUGCUGACAUUAUGUUCCAAUCUGACGAGAGUGACGUCACUAAUGACGUCCUGAGCGUACAGUACGCUUCUGUACACAAACCUCGAAAGCAAGUUCCGGUUCUGCCGGAGGUGUCAUGUUUGCAAACGUACGACCAUAUUCCUGAACGGUCAUCGACUUUUACGACAUCUCCAGAUGCUCACUACAACACCCUUCAAGACUCCGGUUUGACAGAGGCCGCGAAGGAGGAGGAGCCGAAGCCAACAGCCGAGACGGAAUACGACAGGUUAAACAGACUGCUGCCUGGAAAUAAUGUUGACGUUAACAAGCCACCGGAUGACGCUGAAUAUGACACACUGAACCGUGACCUGCAUCCGGACGGACACAUGGACGUACAGACAGAUAGAGUGACCCUAGCCCCUUAUUUUGAUGACACCGGGUCAGGUUAUGAGUAUGCUCAAGUUAUCCCCAACAGGUGACAGCAUGGAGAGCCAAACUUGAUGCUCACUUGUUGGAAGUUUGUGUAAAAAACUGUCCCUUGACAGCUAGGCCUAUAUAAGAGCGAAGCCACAAUGUUGGAUUCUCGUAAGAUAUUUGUUCAGUAUGCUAUGAUUGUUUAGCUAUGGCCCGAGCAUCCAAUGACGACAUCGGUGUUGCUAGUUGGGUGAACACAGUGGUCUCCCUUUCCAGGUUAAAUAUGGGACACUGAUUGAUUCGUCUUACACAAAGAAUGUAUUACACGUAUUAUCUAAUCUGCCAGACGAAUAUAGGAAUAUACGGAUGAAGUACUUUUCUGACGAAGAAAGUACGGUUUUCUGAAUAGAGUGACGUCAUAACAAGCGCUUAAUAAAUGGGAUUCGUGUUUAUUUCCAUUUACUCAUCGGGCUUCAGCAUUAAAUAGUUCUUUUUGUUCUAAAUCUCCAAUGGAUCUUAUCUUCUACAUUGUUCAGUAUAAGUUAUCUGUUAACCAAACUUGACUUUAAAAUCUGAUUUCGUCAUAUUUGAAGGUCAUCAGGGAAUUACCAGGAUCAGUGUCAUUUCGUCCCUAAUGCAUGGACACCACAGUUACGUUAUAUUCCGUCAGUGUAAGAUUCCUACCGCAUUAUUUGCAAUCUACUUACAGAUUUUUUUGAAACGUUUGUUUAAAGAAUUCAUGUUUCUUCUGUGAAUAUUUAAUCCAGUUCAACUUUGUGUUCUCUCCAGAAAGUAUUUUCUGAUUAUAUUCCUCGUUGAUAUAUGAUACGGAAUCUCUAACUUCUAAAAGAGGUAUUGAACCGUGGUAUUUCCAUGCUGGUAACGUCUCGUCGAACAUUUUCCUCCAUGUUGUGUCAAUAAGGCUUUCAUCACAAUGGCUAAUUUACCCUUUUGCAUUUCCCACUUUACUGCCGACUGUUUCUGACGCAUGUAACUCCACAAUCAAUUUAUGGCUUAUGUAUUAAUACAGUAUUUUUUCUGUAUUCGAUUUCACAUGUAUAAAAUACAUUUGUUAUUUUUAAAGACGAUGAAAAUACAACCAAAACAUUG